UUAAAAAAUUAAAGUCCUUCAGUAUUCAGCUUCAGGGGAUAAGGCUGCCACAGCCGAAUAUGCAUUGGGAGAAAUCCUCAGAACAGCCAAAUUCUCGACCAUACCAAGGAGUUCGUGUGAAGGAGCCAGUCAAAGAAUUACUGAAAAGGAAAAGAGGAAAUGUAAACACUAAUUUAACAACUACAAAAAUGAUGGUUCCUCAUACUACACUGUCAACAUACUCACAGUUUGGUCACCCAGGAUUUAUGGAAGUCAGCAGUACAAACUCCAAUGUUUCACCUAUAGAUGAUGGGACCAUUUGCACAGGAUGGAUUGCCCAGCCAUCAUCCACUACUCUGCAGCCCUUGACACACUGGAACCCUUUCUCUGAAUAUGUUACCCAUGAUGCAUCUGCUUCCUCCUAUACUGCCGACAUGUACAUGCAGCCAAUGUGCCCUAGCUAUACUGUGGUGGGACCAUCCGUCUUGACCUAUACUUCAACACCACUAUUCACAAAUUUAGGGACAAGAAACACAGCUGAAACUGUACUUCCCCAGGUGGAGCUCCAUGAACCCCAAGCAUCUGUGGCUUACAUUCCUUGGACUCAGCCUAUUUCAGCUCUGCCAUCUCAAGCCCUGCAGUGCUCAGCAGCUGCUACACCAUUUCCGGGAACCCAGUUUUUACCUCUGCCAAUUACUGUGCCUGAGCCGGCACCCCAUGAACUGGAAGAAGCCAGUCGGGCCAUUGGCAGCCUGCCAAUUGAGAAACUUCUUCAGGAAGAUGAUGAUAAAGACACGAUCUUACAUAUCUAUACGGCUAAAGGAAUGAGAGAAUAUGCCAUUGUUGCUGCAGAGAAAAUGAGAGAUUUAAAAUGCCUUGAUGCCAAGGAGCACCAUGGAAAGACCCCUCUCUUGGUCGCAGUUACAGCAAACCAGCCCUAUAUAGUUCAUGACCUUCUUAUGCUGGGAGCAGACGUAAACUUGGUUGACGACAAAGGCCAGACAGCUAUACACCUUGCAGCCACAUAUGGAUACCUGGAGGUUAUUCAGGUUUUGCUGUCAUUAGCAACAAAUAUAAACUUAGAAGUACUGGAUUUUGAAGGUCACACACCUCUACACUGUGCUGUAUUAACCCAUAAUAUGAUGCAUCAUGAGCUGAACCAUGAUCUUACUAUUUCUCCCGUGAAACUGAAGGAGCUUGAGAGAAAAAUAGUGGAAGUGAUGAGCUGUAUCAAACUUCUUGUCCAUGCUGGUGCUUGUAUUACCAGUCAGGACAUUAAAAACAAUAACUCAGUGCUACAUCUUGCAGUACAAAAAGGAAAUUACUCACUUCUGAAAUUUUUCUUAGAAGCAAAAGGGGGGAAUUAUCAUGAUUUCAUUAACAUGAAGGUAGCUCAUGGAAACACUGCUUUGCACAUGGCAGCUGCCUUAAGAAAUGAUGUUUACCAAGAAGAAAUUAUUAAACUUCUGUUGUAUCAUGGUGCUGACCCUAGCUUACGUAACCUGGAAAAUGACCAAGCUAUUCAUUUGGUGCUGCAAGGCGAAGAUGGUGAAAAAGUGAGACAGCUAUUGAGGAAGGGAAGAGCUGGAAUAAUUUCUAACCACUGUAGCUCAGUGUCUUCAAUAUUCAAGUAAACAAUGAAUUAUCUCCCAUUUUCUCCCACUCUGUCGUGCACAAAAUCUUGUGUAGUGCACUACUUUUGCUCAACUGCAGUUCCUUUGGCACCUUUUCAAUUACCAGUAAGUCUCAGAAGAUGGCGCACAACUGUUCAAAAUGUCAUGAUUGACAACAAAUUGAUUAUUGUUUUGUUCUUUAGCAUUUAGUGAUUCUGUACAACAGGUGAUGCAAAAAUAUUCACACUUAUAAUUCUUUUGUAGUACAGUAUAUACCCAUUCCUGUAACCUGUCUGAGAGGAAAGCAGUUUAUUACUUAACACUUUGCCAAACAUACUGAAAUCCUAUCUUUACAUUGUAGAGCAAUGACAUACUGUAUCAGACAAACUACCUUGAAGUUGUGGUGUCCAACUCCAAUCCUGGAGGAUUGCAUUGACUGCAGGUUUUCCUUCCUGCAUCUCUCUUCAUCAGUGACCACUUUUAAAUGUUAAUUGACUUCUUUUCCCUU